UCGUGUCACACCCCCGUCUGUGACUGAGUGAGCACAUAAAGCUGCUUUACAUCACUCGACUCCAAUAGUUCACCGCAUUCACGGGUUAAGAUGCAGUUUGGUUAGGAUAUAAAACGACACGGUUGUCCUUUGGAGUUAAAAACUUUUUUAAUCAUUGGGUUUGUUUGUAAGGCGCAACGAUUUAAACGCGGAUACUUCAGAUGACGUAAACUGGAUAUCGCCGUCUUUGCAGUUAUUUGUGAAUGAUAUUGUUUCCAAAAACAAAAGGAAACCAUUUCACUGACCUGUAACAUUUGACAGUAGCUGAAUCUUCCCAUCGUGGACUAACUCGAAUUAUAGGCACAUAUGAGAGAGACUACAAGCGACAAUGUCUAAGACACAGAAAUCAGAGUCCAGGUCUCGCUCUCGAUCAGCCUCCAGAUCAAGAUCCCAUUCUGAUUCCCGUUCCCGCUCCAGAUCACAAAGCAGCUCCUCCAGAUCCAGGACGAGGAAGCGCAGAUAUGGGUCUAGGUCUCGCUCUCGGUCAAGAUCCCAUUCCCCGCCCCACAACCGGGAGCGGAACCACACGCGGGAGUAUCAGAAUCAACGAGAGUUUCGAGGUAACCACAGAGGCUUCCGAAGGCCAUAUUACUUUCGGGGCAGAGGUCAGGGCUUUUUCCGUGGGCGCUUUCAGCGUGGUGGAAGGGGAGGAGGAUAUAACAACUACCGUCCCAAAAACUGGCAAAACUUCCGGCAACACCCUCAGCAGCAGCAGCAAUACUACCACAACAGUCCCAAGAGGGGCCGCUCUCGCUCUCCUAAGAAACAGGCAAACAGUCCAAAAUCCCGCAGCCAUUCCAGGCGCUCUGACAGGUCGUCUUCGGGGAGGUCACCACAGUCACACCAUUCAUCCUCCUCUAACUCUGGAUCUGCCAAACGCAAUUGCAAAAAUAUAAGAGAGGAUGUCUUGGUGAUCAAAGAAACAAAAGGAGGAGGAGAUAAGGCUCUGGUGGAGCAGGUCGAAGGUUCCUCUGCAGCUGUAGAAAAUGUUGAUGUAGACCGGACUUUGGAGAACUGUCAGGUUUUGAUGAACCAUGACUCUAGUCCUAAAAGGACAAGUCCACAGGUUUGCUCAUCUGUCACUAAUGACCAACCAAUUGAUUCUGCAUCCAGCAAGACCAGUCCUGCUCAAAAGAGUUCCAAUUCUCCUAAAAAAGGUGCCACCACCUGGCAGAAUGCUGAAACUGCACCUUCAAACAGCAGUCCCAUAAAGAAAAACGCACCCCCGGUUUUCAAUGGUUUUGGGCUCUUUACAAAUUUAGACCAAGAGUCAGAUGAUACAGUUGCUCUCUCUGCUGCAUUUAUGAAAUUCCUGGAGGAGCAAAAGGUUAAAAAACGGGCCUCUGUAUUAGAGAACAACACGCAUAAAGGGAAAAGUAAUGGAGAUAUAGUGUGUGAUAAAGAAAAUGGAGGAAUCUUUGAUAAAGGCAUUGAGUUGUCUCAGACUGUUGAUCCUGAGAACACGGGAGAGGAGAAAUGCAAAUCUGCCAAGAGUGCUGACGGUAACAAAUUAUCCAAAAGCACAAGUAAAAAGGCUCCUCGAAACAGCCCACCAUUUCAAUGUGAGGAAGGUGAGGAUGAUGAAGAAAUGGACUUCUCCGACAUAGUACAGGAUAUGGAAAAUAGUCCCUACAAAAACAAAGUCACCCUGUCUGCUCGUGAAAUGUUCGAGAAUCGCAUCAGGAGGAUGCAGGAUAUGACAUGGGAUGAUGAGCUGGAAGCUCUCUUGCUCUGCCAUAAACAGGAAAGAGCAUCAAACAUCCUGGCUGCGCUCUCUAAGAGAGACCCGCUCAGUGGCAUGUUUAAGGAUGCUUCCCCUGAAAAGCUCUCUAAUGUAAAACGAAAGGAGAAAACCACAGUAAGUUCCUCUUCUAAACCCACACUGCAGCCUAGGAUGAGCUCUGAAAACCGCGAGCAGGAGAUGUUUGUGGUGAUGAACGACGAAUCCCCACCAAGAGCUUCAUUGAAAAGAGCAAGUGGUGAAUUCAGUGUGAGGAUGGAUUCUCUCAGUGAUGACCUCGCCAGGACAUCGGUUCUGACCAACGAAAGAAGGAAUCUUAUGGAUUUUGUGCAUAUGGAUAAAAAGGAUUUGGAGUUUCAGUCUGUCCUUCGGCACCUUCAGGCUCAGCAGUUUCCCAGAAGCCCAUCUGAGCUGUUUGCCCAACACAUAGUUUCAAUUGUUCAUCACAUUAAAGCUCAAUAUUUUCCUUCCUCUGGACUGACCCUACAUGACCGAUUUGCCAUGUACCAGAGAAGAGCUGCUGAGAAAGAAUUCAUGAAGCAGAGAAAGAGUCCAGAGAUACACAGGAGAAUUGAUGUUUCUCCCAGUGCUUUUAAGAGGCACUCUCUCCUGUUUGAUGAGAUGAAAAGCUCCAUGGAAAACAGCUUCAAGGUCGAUGGUAAAAAAUCUAAAGGUGAAACAAUGGACCUUAGGCUGGAUAUUGAGCGCAGGAAGAAAUACUUGAUUGGAGAGAGGGAGCACAGAGAGGAAGAGUACGGAGGAAGAGUUUUGAAGGAAUCUCCAGAUUCAAGCAAGGAAAUACCCACAGAGAAAUCCUCAAAAAAACACAAAAAAACUAAGAAAAGCAAGAAGAAACGUGAGCGUUCUCAGUCAUCUUCCUCAUCUUCGUCAUCUUCCUCUGUUUACAAUGAAGAAGAGGGUGAGAUUAAGCCAGAAAGCUUCUCUAAAGGCCAGCUAGGGCUCAGGGAGUAUGGAGAGGCUGUGGAAAGAGGCCGGCCACGAGGAGGCUUUCAGCUGAAAAUACGUGGUAGAAGUUGGAACCGAGGAAAUUUCCAUGGAAACAGUAAUGGCAAUUCACACAUGAACAUGUUGGCAAAGAAUGAAGGCUGGGAUCAAGAAUACACUCCCAAGAGCAAGAAACACAUCCUACACAGUGAAAAAGAUUUAGAAGUUGAGAGGAAGGUGACGGACACACGAGGCCGUGGUCGCGGCAACAUUAUUCGUACAAAGGGACGUUUCCUACUCCGAAGGGCCACCAACACAAACCCCACCAAUAAUACAAGCCCUAAAUGGGCUCAUGAUAAAUUCCAGGCCACCGAUGAUGAGGGCGAACAACAAGGAGAGGAUGGAGAAUAGGACCAGUGAGAAUAGAGCAGUGAAGAAUAGAAAAUGCUGACUUUAAACUCUGGAAUAAGACUUACUGGCCCUCACACUUUCAAGAGUGGAAUAUGGCAUCUAGAACUUAACGAUUGGAAUGAAGCUUUUGUAUUAUAUUGCUUUUGUUUACUGUUUUCUCAAGAAUGAAGAGUUUAUAUGAACUGUUUUAGCCAGCAAACCCAAUUAAUCAUGACAGAUAUGGUCAAGGCACCUGCUCCUACAUUUACUUACCACCCAUAACUCUCUGGAAGAACUGGCGCUUUAGUUCAGAAUGAAGUGUCUGCAUUGCAAAUCAUGUCUAUUUUUUAUUUGAUUUUUUGCAGAAAAACAUGCAAACAAAAUAGAUUAUCUGGCCAAAAAAGAGUUUAUGUUUGAAUUUAAAUAUGCAAAUAACUAAAUUAUUGGAUCUUUAUUGCAGUGGUUCAUGUGUUUCACUGUAAUCGAUGCUGAUCCAACAAAACAUUAGAGAGUGCAACUGUUGUUGUUUUUUUGGCUUUGUGGUGUUUAUAAUAUUCAUUUAUUUCAAUAACAUUCAUAUAUUUUAAAUAUAAUUUUCAGUUUUUUCAGUAGAAUUAGAGAUAUGUAAAUAUAAGCCAGGCCAAUUGAUGGAUUGGCUGAUUUUUGGCCCUUUUGAGUUUUUAUUAAAACCCAAACUUGAUUAAUAUGAAGUGCUUAUCGUCACACUUUUUUCCUGUUUCAAAUUCUACUGAUAGCCUUGUCUAUGGAUAGUAAGAUUUGUGUGUAUGUAUUUGUGGUUAUGUGUUUGUAACUCAUUGUCUAUCAGUGAGUUAUAUAUGAAAAUGGAAAAAUAAAUUAAAUCUACCACUAGUUCAAAGGUCAGGUGUGCUGAAAGUGUACCAGUAUAAGCUGGUUACUUUGUUUUUACUUUGAAAGGACAUAAUUGCUGUUGAAAAAAAAAUAGAUGUACAUAUUAAUGUUUUGUGGACUUAAGUAAAACUCUUUGUGUGUGUGUGUGUGCUGAUAGAAAUGAAGAUCAUGCCUUUAUGACUUGUAUGAAUGACCCAGUCUCACUGUGGGACCAAACUACAGACAAUCAUGUCCCAGUCGCUUACAUGUGGGAAAAAAAAGAUUUACAUUAUCAAUCUGACACCAACUUUAAAACUGGACAGCCUACAGAAAGGUUUUUAAAACUCACACACUUACAACUGUUUAGUAAAUUUUGCAUUUCUUGGGGUGUAUGGAUUUGACAAUAUGUGUGUGCAUAUUAUAUUUUAUUAUGAUUUUUCUAAUGUGUCUUGUCAUCAAAAGCCUUUUCUAUUGGCUUAGCACCUUGUUUAGAUGGAGUAAUCAGGCACUUAGAUUUUAUGGGAAUUUUUCUUCAGAGUUAAAGUAUAGGGGUGAGUAAUUCAUACUCAGCUUUGGAUUUAACUGACUGGGUUCUGAUUCACACUGUAUUUGAUUAUAUACAUUUUGACUUACAUUUAUAUACUCACAACCAGAAAUCAGAAUAAAAGAAUGCAACGAUUUUA